AUGGCUUCUCACGCCCUCCACCAAGCCCCAGGCUCGUCAGCUGACCGGACAUUCGUCAAUGCGGCAGCGUUAGACAUCGCCACCUCAUUCUUCAAUUGUUGCUGGCUGGACCUGUCCGAGGGGGCCUCAUACGCGACCACGGUGCCAGUUUGCGUAUGCGUGCUGCUGCAGUUGUUCUUCCUGAGCGCCGCCUUCUGCUGCUCAAGACCGCGGAGGAAUCUGUCCCCCGGGCACUUACAGCGGGCCAGGACGCAGCUGUCCACUCGGUGGGCCUCGCUGCUGGUGCUGGCGAGCAGCGUCCUUUCGUGGGCCAGUGGCGUGGCGGCCGAGCACCAGCGUAGCCGAGGCCUGUACGUCUGCUUCUCCGUCUCCACCAUCCUGCUAGGAGUGCUCAUCGCCACUCUCAGGAUCACUACCGAGGAUCAGGUGCGUUGGCGGUUGCUGACCAAGGUGGGCCUGAGCAACGCGGUUGCCAACGUGUCCUCCCCGCCGGGCUCGUCGGUGCGGACCUGGUCUCGCGAAACCUUGAGCAGCACGAACAGCUUUCCAAACAACAGCCCCAUGUCCACGUCAGCUACUCCAGAUGCCUCGGCGCACCGCCUUAAGGUCUUCAACCCGGCCUUCAAGUAAUGGUGUCUUCUUGAAUUAGCGUAUCCCAGAAUGAGUGAAGGAAACAAAACAGAUAAGAAAGAACUCGUCAGAAAGAACAUAAGCCAGAUGGGGCGCUUCUUGGUCUUAUGUUUUUUCUUGCAUGUUUUUUUUUUUUGUACAGCUUCCUCCACUCAUUCUGAGUUGCACUAAUCGAAGAAGACGUCAUGGAAUACCAUCUCGCCCGAACCGCCACCCUUGGGGACUUCAAGUAAUGGCUGCACCUGAGAACUCUCUAAAAGAACGACACGUAGCGACAUAAUUUUGGAAAACGCUGACGAUGGUACUCGACAUGUGCCCAGGAUUCGCAACGAUGCUGGAACACUGUUUUGUUGACCCUCCGUGAGCCGACAAUAUCUUACUGUGGUAGUUUGCGUACGCAAAGCGCUACGCCCAAAUUGCGUUCUUUUGUUCUCAUUUGGGGUUCUUUUGUAAGUCCUGUGCUUAGCGGCCUCUAGCUUUACGUAUGCGAAAUGUAAAUCUCCGUAACGAAGGGACAGCUAAGGAGGCAAAGCAUGCA